GACUCGGCGGUUGGGUUGGCAGCAGUAACUUCUCCAAGACCCGUAAACAAAACAGACCGUGGUGUCUUGUUGUCGACACCGCUGCUAUUUCUUCGUUUUAACCAGACGGCACCGGAAAUCACACUCGUUGUCGUGUGAGUCACUGAAGAUGAUCGAUUCCGCUUUAAGUUCUGCGGGUGCAAAAGUUGUCGUCGCUUCUUCCAGCGAUGAGAAUCACCCGCCGGAAAACAUCACUGACGGAAACACGAACACGUUUUGGAUGUCAACCGGGAUGUUUCCUCAAGAGGUCAUCGUUCGCUUUGCUGAAUCCACGCAGGUGUCCGCAGUGACAGUGGACAGCUAUAAUGUCAAGCAUCUAAAGAUAGAAAAGAACUCCUCACAAAAUGCCUCUCAAUUUGAGUCUGUUACCGAGCAAGAAUUUAAACAAACAGAAGGACAUCUUCAGUCAAAUACUAUCUUGCUAAAUGGAAGCAAUGCAACCCACCUUCGUUUUAUCAUCAAUUCAGGAUAUGAUCACUUUGUCUCAGUGCACAGAAUCAGUGUACAAAAUGUACACACUUGAGUGUGUGUGUGUGUGUGUGUGUGUGUGUGUGUGUGUGUGUGUGUGUGUGUGUGUGUGUGUGUGUGUGUGUGUGUGUGUGUGUGUGUGUGUGUGUGUGUGUGUGUGUGUGUGUGUGUGUGUGUGUGUGUGUGUGUGUGUGUGUGUGUGUGUGUGUGUGUGUGUGUGUGUGUGUGUGUGUGUGUGUGUGUGUGGCAUUAUUUAACCAGUGUAAAUAUCAGUAGAUUUCAUUAUUAUAUUCCGUUUAGAUAACACGCACGCUCACUGUCAACAACUUAGAAUCUGAUAUCUCAUCUGACAUGCAUUAUUCAAUUAAUGCAUGUCUAAACGGAAAAAAAACAAAAAAGAAUGGUAUCAUCUUAAUCUUAUCAGUGAGAUUGCAACUGCAAACAAAGCAUAUACUGUUGUUGAAAGCUAUCGUGAAUCUUAAAAUAUGCCCUCAAAUUCUGAAAUUAGGUUGAACUAAUUUCCUGUGUUUGUGCUUAUUUAAUGUUAUGGAUUCACUCACGGGGCUUUUCAUUGCACAUUCAACUGUUCCUAGCUAAUUUCACAAGCUGAUAGUUGGCUAAGCUUUUGAAUAAAAGAGUUGGAUUGGAAUGAAUGUUGGAAUUACUUGGAAAGGAAAUUUCUCUCUCUGUGAGAGAUGGAGUUAAUUAACAAAUGUUGAGCAGUUGGGGCAUAAAUUGGCAUCCGGACAGCCCCCCAAUGAGCAGAAUUUGACAUCCCCAUAGAAAUGAGAAUGCAGCUGGGGGGUUGGGCAACCAGAUGGUUACCCAGCCAACCAGCAAGUCUCAAAAGACUGCGGGUCUAUUCACAAAGUACUCCAGCCACCUCCUGUACUUAAAUCCUCCACACAUGCAAACUCACACACUCACACACAAACUGAAUCCUACCUCUAUUGCCAUUUCAACUUGUCGGUAGCAAAGGGUUCUGCAGUGUGCGAGGACCCUUUGGGACUCCCUCCCCAAUUACUUUGCUGACUAUGGAGGAGCUUGGGGAGUUGCUGAGGCUGUUUGCUGUAGCUUGGUCUGCAUGCAGGGCUCCAAAUAAACCAAUACAAAUAUGAAAUAAAUGCCUGAAUAACCAGC